AUGGUUAAUGCCGGUUUAAUUGAAAUUAUUCUUCGUGAACAAGACGAUCCUGGUUGUUCAACGACACGACAGAUUCGAGAUAUUUAUAAUAAUCGUUCGGGUGAAGAUCCAAUUCUUCAAAAUUCUGAUCUCGAUAAAGAAUUUCAAUCAUUUCUAUUAAAAGCACUUCAAGCAUUUCCUAGGCCUGUUGACGAUGACGACGAUGAAGAAGAUAAACCUAUAUCAUAUACAGUAAAAUUAAAAGAUAGUGAUGACAACAGUACACCAUCGAUGAAGAAGCAAAAGAACAAAGUGAAAGCGAUGAAGAAUCAAGUGAUGAGGAUAAGCCUUCAACAGCAUCAUCAAUAA